CGUUCACUCAGUUUAUUUAGUCUUUUAAACUGUUCGUAAUGCUACUUAAUGUAUUUAUAUUUUUCAAACUCAAACAUUGAAACCGUAGAGAACGUAUAAAUGAACGGCAGGGGCAACCUCCACAACUGUCUCGUCAUUAUUUCAGGUGAUUUGUUUUGCACUAGUUUGCAAAUCUUUGAAAACCACAUUAUUGGAAAUUGAAAAACUUGCUACGAUGGAUUUCAAUAGAAUUUCGUAUCCCAUUGUAUACCCACAAUAUUCAUCGUGGGUUCCAUAUAAUGCUGUACCGGUACAAGAUGUCAGAUUUGGAGGUUUUUCGCCGCCACAUCAACAUGACAUGGCCCGACAAGGUGCAAUGAGCAUUGAAGACAUUAUCAAAAACAAAAUUGCCCAUUUUCGACGAUGGAAGCAAACAAAAUUGAGCAAGAGACGUCCAAAAUGGGGUUUUCAAUUUUCUGUUAUGACCUAUAACAUAUUAAGCCAAGUAGCGGUGGAAAAUCAUCGUUUCCUGUACAAGCACUGCAGCAAUACUUUUCUUCAAGAAGAUUAUCGAGUUUCCAGGAUCUUGCCGGAAAUCUUGAACAGCAGAAGUGAUAUUAUAUGCUUGCAAGAAGUUGAACAGCAUGUGUUUGAGUACAGAAUCAAGGAACUUUUUCAAACUAAUGGAUUCGAAUCGAUUUUCAAGAAGAAGACAAGCAGUAAAGGCGAUGGUUGUGCCAUCUUGUGGCGAAAGAAGAAGUUCGAUCUUCUUCAACAUUGUGAGGUUGAGUUCAAAGCAAAUGGGAACAAGUUUUUAAAUAGGGACAAUGUUGGUUUAAUUGCUGUUUUGAAACCCAUUCAUCCAAAUUUAAGGGACAUCAAUCUCCAUGUUGCUACCACCCAUUUGUUGUUUAAUCCCAGAAGAGGGGAAGUGAAACUGUGCCAGCUUCGACUACUUCUUGCAGAACUUGAAAGAUUAGCUUUGAAGGAAAUCUCUAGUGAUGGUCAGCAUCAUUAUCAUCCUAUAAUCCUCUGUGGGGAUUUCAAUAUCGAACCACAUUCCCCUUUAUAUCAGUUUAUCGAGUCUGGAUUUGUUGAUCUAACCAAUGUUUUAUCUGGAGAUAUGUCAGGACAGACAGACGGAAAGAAAAGGGGCAAAUGUGUGAAUGGUGAGCAAUUAUCUUUGCACAAACUCGGUAUAAAUCAAUCUAGUCGUUACGAGGAUACAUCAGAAAAUAAACUAUCAACUUCUGUACCAAAUAGUCAAUCAUUUGCUAAUUCAGGCAGUGGGUCUAGUAACUUGGCUAAUCCACCGACAAUCGAAUCUGUGGACCCCAGUAUAUUGUUAGCAAUCGGUAAAUCGGAUGAUCCGCGUUGGAUAACUACUUUAAAAGCAAUGGGUCAUGAUAAACUAGCCCAAGAUCUAGCUUCCAAGCAAUCAGCCGUGCCAAAAACGUCUGUAGAUUUCAAAACCAAUAAAGCCGCCAAUUCAAACGACUCUGAAGAUAUGGAUAGUAGUGAUGGUAGGUGCGAGCAAAGCGACCUUCAGUUUUCUCACAAUUUCAAAUUCAUACCUGCCUACAAGUUUCAAACCGAUAAUCCAAAAGACAUGCCUAUCACGUCCAUGACUGGCUGUGAUUACAAUACUGUGGACCACAUUUUUUAUACCGUUAGAGAGAAGCAAAAUAUUAAUACUUACACUGAAGGGAAAUUAAAACUGUUAGGUGUGUAUGGCCUAAUGCGAAAGGACGAUAUUGAUGAUAUCGGAGGAUUGCCAAAUGCUCACUUGGGCUCUGAUCACACCAGUCUCAUUGCGCAGUUUGGAUUGUGUUGUAAGAGAUAAAAUAUUUUAAUUCGUAUCAUCCUUCAUUUAUUUUUUAUAACUAUGAAGAAGUGAGCAAGCUAAUUUAACAGGGUGCGUAGCGUUUUUUAAAAGUGCUUAAUUUUCCCUUUUCCAAAAUGUUAUUUUUCCUUUAUCAUGAUGAAUUUCGCCAUGAAGUAUGCAAAAAGACACUUUUCGCAUUGUUCUAUUCUACGUUUUCACAAUUAAUUCAACGUCUGUCCGUAGCGUAUGAAAACGCCAUUCGUUUUAGAUGUUUCAAAAUUUUAUGAUUUUUUGCAAUUGUCAAGCACUAUGACAAAAGUUUUUUUUUUUUUUUUUGACAUGACGGGUAAAACCGUUAAUUGUCAAAAACGUGCCCACUCUGCCAAGUUAUGAAUUUUUUUAAGUGCUUAAAAAUAUUUUUGAGUGCUUAUUUUUUGUUAAAAAAUUUGGCUACUCACCCUGUUAAUCAAUGUUUUAUUCUAGUGAGUUGGAAGAAAAAGUUCGUCUCUUUUAAGUGUCAAGAAGUUAUUUUUAAAUUAAAGCUACCUCAGUUAAUAACUAAAAAUUUUACUAAGCUCUUAUGUUAACAUGUGAUUACAAGUUCUAGUUAGCAUGUCUGUUCCAAAAAUGGCCGCUGAUUUUUUAAAAAAAAAAAUCGAAAGGAGAUUAGGUUUGUACUUAAGAGGUUCAAAAUUGGUAACAAAAACUCGUCAACAGAUGGCGCUGAUGAUUAGGAAAAGCACUAAAUCAAAGUUAGUGCAUCUGCUUUCAAAUGGUGGUUAUUUUGAGACCAAGUUUCUAUAGGUUUUCUCAGUCAGCAGCACCAACUUGGUAACUAAUUUUGAAACUUACUGAGAGUGAAGUUCUCGUUUCCUAAACAGUACUCAGCUCGUACGUAUGUUUCUAUCUACCUCCUUUAUUCUUUAAUAUAUUUUUCAAAUCAUCGGUCAUUUUUAGACCCUGUUUAACUUACGCCACCACAAUAGCUCUUGUAAAAGCAUGCUCCUAUAUGACAUAUUGUUAAGUUGCGUAAAGAGGACUAUUUGGUUCAAUUGUUAAAGACCUUGGAAAUUUUUCUUAUUAUAUUGUUAUUUAUUUAUAUGCUAUAAAAUAAUCAUUAGUGAUUAUUUUAUAGCAUAUUAAUAUAGGAAAUUAUUUAACUAAAUUGAACCAAAUUUUUAGAUAACCAUUAUUUUCCUAAAUUAAAUGGAGAAUGAUUUAAGUACUUCACGUUAUGCUUGAAUCUUUGAGGAUAUUGUCCAUGACUUCUGCGCUGUGUAAAUAAAUAUAUUUUUUAAAGAAAAGCUUUUGGAUAUAAAUAAUUUAACAUCUAUAUAACUUGUUAACUUAGUGAAAUGCUAAUUUAUUACCCUAAUUUUAAAUUAAUAAAUGUUUGGUAAAUGGAUGAUGACAUUUCCACUAGUUGAAUGAUAUUGAUAUUUAAUGUUGGUGUAAAAUGUAAACACUCAUUUUUUUUAAGUACAAAAUUGACGUUUUUCAAAAGCUUAUCAGAGUUGUUAGUACAUAAAAAUGUUUGUGAUAAAUAUUGUAAUUGACAUUCUUCUCGAAUAUAAAAAAAAAAUAUUAUUAACCUA